AUGGAGGGCGUUCAGACUGUGGACGUGAGCUGGCUUCAUCAUUCACAGAAAGACCAUUUAUCUCGCACAAAAUCUGUGAAUUCGGCGACUACGACUAGUGAAAGGCCCGUACCCGAAGUUGGUACAGAGCAGCCAGCAUCAUCUCCACCCAAAUCCCACCGGAGAAAUCGAUCCAACAGUAGCCCGGCAAAACCGACGCCCCUUCCCCUGUCCUCGGAACCGAAGAAAGCCCCACAGAGCGACGCAGCGCAAGUAGAAUCAAAGCCACAACUAGCGGAGAAGAAAGAAGAACCAAAGACAUCUACGCCAUCUCCGGCCUCGCGAAAGAGCGACCCCAAGCCCAUUGGACGACGAAACUCCUGGAUAUCCAACUUGAGCUCUAAGUUCUCGUCCGGAUCUACACCGCCGUCGCAAUCUAGUCUCAAGGCCAGUCCUGCAAGUCCGAAAACGACUUCCCCUCUCGACACACACAAUCCGUUCGGCGCCGCCUACUCCCCGAGAGACAAGGAAGAGGAGAAGAAGGACGACUCCAACCCGUUUGCUUCAACAUCACCCAAGGGCCCAUCAUUCAUUCACAAUGCUUUGCGCAAGUUUUCGUCCAAUUCCGGUGGUCUGCCCAAGUUGAAUCCUAAUGGUUCCAUCUGCCCGCGACGUGUGAUGAACAUCGACCAGAAUCGACACCGAUGCAAAGUCCCAGAUCUAAACCAAGCUAAACUCAACCGUGUGGCAUUCUGUGUAGAUGUGGAAAUUGCGGGAAUAUCACACCGCGAUGAUGACGAGGAGGCUCCUCCGACCAACCAACUACGGCAGCCUCUCCCCGAGUCGAAUACCCACAAGUCUAAAAAGGCAGACCUCAAGUUGAAAAGCAAAGAGGAAGCUGCAGCUUUGAAGACUCCCGAAGCGGUCUUGGCUAAAAAGGAUGCUUCCCCACCGACCUCUGCUCCAACUACAGACGAUGCGGUCACUCAGUCUUCUCCCCCCAAAGACACCAUUACACCUCAACAUUCUACUGAGACUCCUCCAAAUGGCGAAGGGACCGACCCGACAAGAAAGCAAGAGAAGAAAAAAAGAUCGGAGGCAGAACGCAAAGAACGGAAGGAAAGAAAGCGGCGGCAAGCAGUGGCAAAUGGCUCAGUACCAUUGCAACUGGAUGCCGAGCAUGACGAGGAAGAACCCGAAGGAUCACCGCCUGGUGUAGCUAAGCCCAAAACGCAGAGUCAUCCAACGACCGAUCCGGUGCGCAUCUAUCGUCGAUGCUGUCAGCUGCGCGAAACGCCCGUUCUCAAGAGAGUGGUUGAUGAAAUUUCGAAACCUUCAUCAACAUUGGCUGAAUCUCCCGGCACAGUGGCAGCUCUAGAUCUCAGCAACUUCCCGAUGACAUCCCAGGAUCUGACAACUUUCAGUGAUUGGCUUGCUGUUGUCCCAGUCCGCAAGUUGAUACUUGAAAAUUGCGCGCUGACGGAUGUGUCCGUACGAGCCAUUCUCGCAGGUCUGCUUUCUACAAAGACAGUCGAACAGAUGCGCUACCGACGGAGACGAUCUCGAAGACCUGAAUCCCCAGGUGUUAAGGACCAUGAAAGAUAUGGUGUAGUGGAAAAGCUUUCUUUGAAGAACAAUCCUAAGAUUGGAAGAGAAGGAUGGCGCCACAUCAGUCUUUUCAUACACUUGUCCAAAUCUCUGAAAGCCAUCGAUCUGUCGGGCAUUCCUUUCCCUCUUGGUCAAAUUGCGAUCGAUGCCUCCGGUGCAAGUCAAGCCCAGAUAGUUGAUGUUAGCGCUGUCUUCGCCAGUGCUCUGGCAGAGCGCUUCGGUGGCGAUCACCUUGAAGAACUGCUUAUGAGUGAAUGCUAUCCUUCGGUUGAUGUCGUCAAGCAAAUUUGCCUGGCAAGCACCAAGAUGGGCCUGCGAAGACUUGGCUUUGCCAACAACGGUCUGACCAGAGAGGGCCUGGAACAUGUGGUCGAGUAUCUCAAACUUGGUCAAUGUGAAGGGCUCGACCUAGGUGGCAAUGCCAUUAAGGAUGAUCUUGAUCUUAUCACGAAUGCUAUUGAGCCUGAGCAGCCACUCUUGGCUCUGAGUUUAGCAGAUUGCUCUCUGAACCCGACAGUGCUCUGCCCACUGCUCCCGGCCCUUGCUCAGAUCCACAACCUCCGUUUCAUGGAUUUUUCUCACAACCGCGAGUUAUUCUCAGCCCAACCCAAUGCUCUUGGAAUGUUCCGUCGAUUCUUGCCAAAAAUGACCUCUCUAAAACGCUUCCACUUGGCCGAUGUUGACCUGACAUCAAACCAUGUAAUUGGUCUUGCCGAGGUGCUUCCCGAGUGCCCCAGUCUUUGCCACUUGAAUAUACUAGAGAACCGACAAAUUGAGGAGCUGGCCUCUACCACCGAUGCUGUUGCACAGGAAGAAGCAUGCGCUUUGUAUGCGUCAAUGAUGGCAGCCGUUCGUGUUUCACGAACCAUCAUUGCAGUCGAUAUCGAUGUACCCAGUGCCGAAAACAAUGAAGUUGUCAAAGCACUGGCAUCACAGAUCGUGGCCUACUCGCUACGGAAUCUUGAAGGAGGUGCCAUUGCGGAGGAGCUUUCCGACUCUUUCGAUCACCUUGGAACUAAAGAUGUACCCGUCCCUGAAAUUCUGCAACACAUUGUCGGGCAUAGUAUCCCCUCCGAAGAGCCGUGUGACGAGGAUGAGGAGGUGGCUCCAGACGAAGACUACGUUAUUGGUGGUACAGGUGUGGUCAAGGCAUUGGGUGUUUGCCUCGGAAAUCUGGACCAACAACAGGGUCUUGAGGCUCUUGGCGAUCAAUCUGCACCGGCGAGUGGUACCAACACUCCAAGACGCCGCAAAUCUCGCAGUUUUGUUACCAAGCGGCCCCGCGAUAUGUCGAAGAAUCUGCUUGAAUCGGCUCGCAAUAUCAGAACUCGGAUUCAGUCGGCUCUCAUUCGUGAGGAUCGUGCUGGUAAUGACGCCAACUACCGUCGCUUGCAAUUCUUGGAUAUCACCUUGCACAGGAUGAUCCAGCGCUUCGAGGACGAGUACCCAGAAACUCGCAUCAGUCCCCAAAACGCACCUGCUGUCCCAGCGCCCGAUUCCAGUUCCCAGCACUCCAAUGAAGACGGUACUGGUUCCGUGGCUACUGGUGGCAACUUGCACAACAGCCAACUUGAUGAGACUGGAGCUGACGAGGAAGAUGGCGACCACUAUGCCGUCCGUCUGUCCCGCGCCAGCUCUAUGACUUCUCUACACUCUCGUGCCAUGACCUCCCAGGAAGGUCAGAUUCAUCGUAUCGGCCAGAACCUCCGUCGUGACUUCCUCAAGCCAUCCCUUACCGCCGGAUCUGGCGAAGAAGACGAAGACAACGAUAAAUCACAUAUCGCUGCUCUCCGACAGAAGCUCGACCGCCUCCACGACGAGCAGUCUCUGUCCAAUUUCGACAAUAUUGAAAACGACAGAGCCUUCGAGGAACUCGGAACCACCGUGGACGAACUCUGGGCCGCCCAGCAACAAGAUGUCGAAGGAUUCGAGCGCUUCAAGCAGUCCCAGAUCGCUGCCCAGAUCAACAGUGGUCUUCGGCCCCGAAACAACGCAGAACAUAGGAAGGCCUCUGAUGAAUCAGAGACCAAGUCCCCUUAA